UUGAAGGGCAGAAAACGGUUAACAGUUGAACAGAGUGCAUCGUUGGAAAAGCAACUGAGAAAUAAAUAUGGCUGAAACUGGAAAUUCGAAUGCUUUGAAGAUUGCAGGUGCUGUAAUCUUGCCAAAUCUAGGCAGCAUUGUGAACGGCCGCUUGACACGGAAUAAUCUGAAGAAUUGGUAUGAGAAUCUGAAGCAUCCAUCGUUCAGGCCACCAAACUGGCUGUUUGCACCAGUGUGGACAUCACUGUACGCCGGCAUGGGUUAUGGCUCUUACCUGGUGUGGCGCGACGGAGGCGGCUUUAAUGGCGACGCCCAAUUGCCACUGGUUGCGUACGCCUCACAGUUGGCCUUGAAUUGGGCCUGGACACCGAUCUUCUUUGGCAAGCAUAGCAUUAAAGGCGGUCUUAUUGACAUUGUCGCACUCACGGCAACAGCCGGCGCAUGUGGAUUACUCUUCUAUCGCAUUAAUAAGACAGCCGGUCUUUUGUUUGUGCCCUACAUGGCCUGGCUGGGAUUUGCCACCGCCUUGAACUAUGCCAUGUGGAAGCUCAACCCCGAGAAGGAGCAGAAAACCGAAGAAAAGCGUAAUUAAUCAUUAUCUACUGCUACAUAAUUGUUUUAUUUUAAAUUGUGUUUACUUUGUCAAUAUCUGAAAUGUAAUCGUCUCAAAGUAUAAUCAAAUCGGAACUAUCGAUAAGCUGCAGUAUUUUUUGCAUCGCUGAUCAUUGGUGUUUAAAAACGCAUUAAAAUAGUGUGCAUUAAUUGGCACCAUCUGGUGCUAUAACUCUUA